AGGUUACUGUAUACAUGUGUAUCGGCUUAUAAGCAGGGGCCAAGUUUAUUCCUGUUCACACACCACCAUGUGACUGUCGGUUACAGACUAUACAGUAGUAGUGGCAGCAGCAGCGGCGGCAGACAAACAACAGACCUGUUCCUGGACGCGCAUUUCAGGCGGAUUUCUUAUUUUAUGGGUGUGCUUUUACGCAAAGUUUUCUGGACGUGCCGCGUAAAAUCGGAAAUCGGCAAAAGAUGUUGUGGUUCAAGCAAGGACUCUGCUUCUUACCAGCGUGCCUGGUCACUUGGUCCUCCUGCACUUUCAUAGUUUCGUAUCUCAUCGCGCUCUUCAGAGAAGACGUCGAUGUCAUCUUUCCCUACAUCAGUGACACAGGCGCAAACCCUCCAGAGAGCUGCAUUUUUGGCCUGAUGACCUUUAUUUCGGCAUGUUUAGGAACCUCCACCAUGUACGUCAGAUACAAGUAUGUGGAGAAGCUGGGUCAGGAUUUAUUGGUGGUGAACCCAAAGCUCAACAAAGCUGCUCUGUGGCUGGGGAUGUUGGCCUGUUUGGGAAUGUGUAUCGUCGCUACUUUCCAGGAGACGAUUAUACCAAUAGUUCACGAUAUCGGAGCGUUUCUGUUUUUUCUCACUGGUGUCUUAUACCUAAUCCUCCAGUGUGUUAUAUCCAAAAAAGCCUACCCAUACGGCUCCACAUUGGGCGUGUGUCGAGCACGUGUGUUCAUCGCCGUCCUCGCUUCUUUGGCAUUUUUCCCCACCAUCAUUUGUGCAGGUUUUGUGAAACAAACCGAACUGCACCGGCACCCAGACGACAAGGAUUAUCCCUUCCAUGUGGCCAGCGCCGUGUGCGAGUGGAUCGUCGCUUUCAGCUUCGUCUGCUUCUUCCUCACGUACAUUGACGAUUUCAAACUGUUUACCUUACGAGUGACCACAGAAUACGAGGAGGAAUCUUGAACCUUACCGCUUGCAAAACUGCGAUCAAUACCUGCGUUUAAUGUGACUUAGCAAAGCUUUGAUACACAUAAAUCUAUUUUUGUAUACACUGUUCUUAUACCCGCCAAGCUUUUACAACACCCGACUGAAAUUUACCUUUUUCGUUAUUUAUAUGUUUUUUGAAUAACUGAACUGUCUGUGUCUGUGUACGCGAGCACCUGUCGUUCGUUUCAGGAGGUUACUUAUUAUUGCCCAGCGUUCAGUCAGACUUUGCACUUUGCUCGGCCGUCGCCUCACCAGCAUGACACGUCAGGUUUGGCCUUGUGACUACUAAUAUGAGAAGUUGAUCACACAGUGUGCACAUGAUGACAGGGCAAUUGGUUAACACCACUCUGAUCUAGACAGAUGUCUUAACUCAGUUGUAGUACAGCAGGUGCUAAUGUUUAUAUGUUUAUAUUUAUUUUAUUUUAUUUUUUAAAAAUAAAAAAGGGGUUCUGGUCAUGGAAGUAUUUACUCAUCAUGUGUUCAGCUGACAUGUGCAGCUACAGAUGUCAAUUUCCUAACUCCGUCUCCGUCCUGUAGAUGGCUAAUGCAAUUAGGGUUAGACUAGUCAGUUGGAGGAAUUAACUCGGUACAACUGGCAGAGCUAAAUGUAGUGAUAAAAUAAAAAUGAAUUGAUGCUAAUUAAGGAUUUUUUUUUUUUUUCAGGCAGAUAAUUUGACCUGAGCUUUUAUUUGCUAGGCAUUUUUAUUUCCUCAAAGAUAUUUGGGAUCAGUAAGACCCAAGAAAUAAUAUACUAAGCAUCACCUUUCAGCAAGAAGUAGUAGUUUUUGUCCCAAUUAAGUCCCAACGUCCUCAAACGAGUACUUGCUUAUUAGCAAGGUCGUAGCUUGUUGCUAUUGAUAAAAUUUGUUAAAUUUGCACGUCAUAUCAAACUAGAAGCGUUAAUAAGCACAAAUUAUUGAGUUUUAAUCGUAUGAUUUGAUGGGGUUUUGUUGUAAAGAUCUCUCUUUUUUUUUUUAAUGUAUUCAUUCAACGUCUGACCUCAACCCUGCUGUUGGGGACCAUUGCUUCAGAGCAUGCUGCCAGUAUUUUAGCGCUUCAUUUGGUGUGACUGAAAUAAAAAAACACAGGAGGCUCUAGAACAACUGAGUGCGUAAUGAUCCGGACCUCAAUGUUUUUCAUACCAAAGACCCCCUGUUGAAGACCUAUGAUCUAGUCUUCAGAGGUUUAGGAUUAAAACUGACAAGAACCUCAAAAUAAACAAGGGAACAUAAAGAAAUGUUAUGAGGCUGCUUAAGAGGCUAAUCACUCGUGAAUAAUUGUUGGUUUUAACAUUGCAGAUAUUACGCUUUGAAGUAUUGGUGGGGUAAAUACUGGAUGAAUGAUCUUUGCUCAGAAAGAACCCCAAUGCUGGAAUACAGAUUAUUCACCUUUUCACUACAGAUACUGUAUUUACAAGGGAAAAAUUGUUUUUUUCACUGAACUAGUUUUGUAUUUUUGCUUGUGACAUCAUGUACUGUAAAGAUUAUAAAGCGCUGCACUGCUGAGAAUAAAUAUGCACUUUUAUAAAUACUAAAAAAAAAA